AUGGCAAGAAGAGAUAAGACUAAGGAAGAGGAAAUCGAUGAAGAUGAAAUCGAAGAACAAGUUGAAGAUGAAGAAGAAGAUGAUGAUGUAGAUGGUGAUGAAGAAGGUGAAGAGGAAGAUGAAGAGGGUGAAGAUGAAGAUGGUGGUAGUGAAUAUGAAACCUAUAAUACUGAAGAUGAAGAAUUGUAUGAAGGUGAAGAGAAUGAAGAUGGUGAUAGACAUGGUCAUGGAACAUUAUAUACAGCAGAUGGAUUCAUUAUGGAGGGUGAAUGGGUCAAUGGAACACUCAAUGGACCUGGUUCUUUAAUUUUCGAUGAUAUUUUAAUUAAAGGUACCUACGUAGAUGGUGAAUUCGAAGGACAGUGCACAGAAUACACACUUGAGAAAGUACGUACUUUUGAAGGUCAAUAUAAAGCUGGUGAAAGACACGGACCUGGUAUACUUUAUAAUAUUGAUGGAAGUAGAAUUGAAGGAACUUGGAAAAAUAGUAUAUUAUGUGGAGAAUGUUGUUUCUAUUAUCCAGAUGACAGAUUCUUUAUUAAGGGAACAUGGAAGAAAGGUGAAUUUGUAAAGGGAACUGUUUCAGUUUCAGAUAGCAAAGCGUUGGAUUUGAAAUCAUUGGUAUCGACUACACAGUUGAAGCGUGACGAAUCCGACUCCAAAAAGAUAUCGAGCAACCCAAUGCUACCGGAUGCAUUCGAACAGUACUAUUGCUACGUCAAGAAGUCAGAGAUACCGAAUAGCGGUGAAGGACUGUUUGCCGCUGUCGACAUUCCAGCCGAUCGACUUGUUUCCUACUACAAUGGUUUGCGUAUUGAUCCAAAGUUGGCGGACGAUCGUGAUUGGUCGUUCAACUCCAACACGAUGUAUCUCGACAAGGAGACCUACAUCGACAUUCCACCAGAGUGGUCGAGCACCUCGAAGUACUGUGCAUCACUCGGACACAAGGCCAAUCACUCAAAGAACAACAACACAGUAUACCGACCAUGUUAUCACCCACGUUUCGGUGACAUCAAGUGUAUCCGAUCGAUUAAACCAAUCGCCAAAGAUCAAGAGAUUCUCGUAGACUAUGACUACGAAGAGAAAGACAAACCACAAUGGUACAUAGAUUUAGAGAAACAAGCUGCCGUUGCAACUGAUGUCAACAAAAACACAACAAACAGUAACGGAAAUGGUAACAAAAAAUUGAAAACAAAAAAUUAA